AUGCUGACACUAGCUGAAUCACAUUCCCUUGCACUUGGGUAUCGCUGGGCUCCUGCCAAAUGUGCUAUCAUCAAUCCACCGUCCUCCACCUCAUCUACCUUUGUUGACCUGACCUUGUAUGGAGAAUCUCUUCCUGUUGUCGAUGAAUUUGUGUAUCUCGGUAUUCCAUUUGACCGCAAGGGCAUCUGCACAGCAUCUAUUGUCAAGAAAUGUCAGCGUGGUACCAUGGCUUCGAUGGCUCAGCUUAACUCCAUUGGAUGCAAUCGUUCUGGCUUCCCUCUGCUCUUCUCCACCAAGUUGUAUGCUUCAUUCAUCAGACCUAAACUGGAAUAUGGUAUUGGCAUUGCCAAUAUGCGUGUUGCUGACUUCAAGGCUCUUGAAAAGGUCCAAGAUACAUGCCUCCGCAUGAUAUUUGGUGGCCAUCGUGCUGCUUCCACCAUGGUGGUUCGACACAUGACAAAUCUGCCUCUGAUGCGACAACGUGCUGCUAUACUGGUGACUCAAUUCUGCUUGCGUUCACAAUUCCUCCCAGAAGAUGGCCUGCUGAUACUGCUCUCUGAUUCUCUACCUGGUUCAUCUUUGAAAAGAUUAAAAAAGCAACACAUGGCUGCCCGCGCGCUUGACGAAGUACCUUUUGCAAAUCAACGUCACAUGAAACAAUGGUUCCUUGCUGAACGCCAACAUUGGCACGCUGAGUUCCUGACAAAAACAGACAUGGUGCUGAUCCGUGCUUGCCGACCCACUAUUGGCAUUGAUCCUGUUAUGUAUGUACCUGCCAGUCGUCCUUGUCGUAGUCGUCUUAUUCGUUAUAGAAUGGGAUGGCUUCCGGGUAAGCCACGACCUUGUGCAUGCAAUGAAGAUCAUACAUCCCGUCGCCAUCUACAUGAAUGCCCCACUUUGCCACCUACUUUGCUUCUGUCUCUUCCUGUUCCGCCUGCUGACUUCACCGGCACCAUCAUUGACCAUGCUUUGAACUUGAUUCCAUCCUCCUCAUCUCCUUCCAAUUGUCCACCCUGGUGGUCUGAUCUCUGUACCUUGCUGUGGCAUUUUGACCAGCUCUGUAAUCCCGAUGGCGAUUACACAACGGAUCCAGUUCCAGGACAAGUGUGGGCUUCCCCGGCCUAA